CUCUAAACUUCAUUUGCUAUUCUUCUUAUUCUUCUCCUUAGCCCCACUUCUCUCUCUCUCUCUCUUACCUUUUUCUUUCUUCCUGUGCCAGCUUUUCUUUGCCUCUGUUAGUCCAAGAAAAUUAAAAGAGAAGGAGAAGAAACUCUUUCUCUCCUAAUUUUGGUAAUUAGAUUGGAUCUGGACUGCUUCUUUAUUGUAGUAUCUCCUACAAAUACCAGGGUACUCUUGUUUCCGUGUUCAAGCCAAAGUUUUGGAAAUACAAAUAAUUGAACUGCAGAAGCAAUAUGGCUGUUUCCAUGAGAGAUCUUGAUUCAGCUUUCCAAGGAGCUGGACAGAAGGCUGGACUUGAAAUAUGGCGGAUUGAAAACUUUCGUCCUGUUCCUGUCCCAAAGUCUUCUUAUGGGAAAUUUUUCAUGGGUGACUCGUAUGUUGUUUUGAAGACAACUGCCCUAAAAAGUGGUGCCUUACGCCACGAUAUUCAUUAUUGGCUGGGUAAAGAUACCUCUCAGGAUGAAGCAGGUUCUGCUGCCGUCAAAACAGUUGAGCUUGAUGCAGCUCUUGGAGGUCGUGCUGUACAGUAUCGUGAAGUACAGGGCCAUGAAACAGAGAAGUUCCUAUCUUAUUUUAAACCAUGUAUCAUACCUCAAGAAGGUGGGGUUGCAUCUGGUUUCAAACAUGCCGAGGCCAAAGAACACCAGACCCGCUUGUUUAUUUGCAAAGGAAAACACGUUGUUCAUGUAAAAGAGGUUCCUUUUGCUCGAUCCUCACUCAAUCAUGAUGACAUUUUUAUUCUUGAUACCAAGUCAAAAAUUUUUCAAUUUAAUGGUUCGAAUUCAUCUAUCCAAGAGAGAGCUAGAGCUUUGGAAGUAGUCCAGUACAUUAAGGAUACCUAUCAUGAUGGAAAAUGCGAGGUAGCUGCCAUUGAGGAUGGGAAGUUGAUGGCUGAUGCUGAAACUGGGGAAUUCUGGGGUUUCUUUGGUGGUUUUGCUCCACUUCCUAGGAAAACAACCACUGACGAGGAUAAGACUGCUGAUUCUCAUCCUACUAAGCUGUUUUGUGUUGAUAAGGGGAAGGCAGAACCUGUAGUUGCAGAUUCUUUGACAAGGGAAUUACUAGACACUAAUAGGUGCUGUAUUCUAGAUUGUGGAUUGGAAGUGUUUGUAUGGAUGGGGAGAAAUACCUUACUCGAUGAAAGAAAGGCUGCAAGUGGAGCUGCAGAGGAGUUAGUCCUUGGAGCUGAUCGACCAAAGUCCCACAUUAUUCGUGUAAUUGAGGGUUUUGAGACAGUGAUAUUCCGGUCAAAGUUUGAAUCAUGGCCACAGACCACUAAUGUAGCUGUGUCGGAGGAUGGUAGAGGCAAUGUUGCAGCACUUCUAAGACGGCAGGGGGUAAAUGUCAAGGGCCUUGUGAAGGCUGCUCCGGCAAAGGAAGAACCUCAACCGUACAUUGAUGUCACAGGAAAUCUGCAGGUUUGGCGUGUGGAUGGCCAGGAAAAGGUUCUCCUUCAAGCUUCAGAUCAGUCCAAAUUUUACAGUGGAGAUUGCUAUAUUUUUCAGUAUUCAUAUCCAGGAGAAGACAAGGAUGAAUAUCUUAUAGGAACAUGGUUUGGGAAGAAUAGUGUUGAGGAGGAAAGAGCUGCUGCUAUUUCACUAACAAGCAAGAUGGUUGAAUCAUUGAAGUUUCUGCCUGCCCAGGCUCGAUUGUAUGAAGGAAAUGAACCAAUUCAGUUCUUUACAAUCAUGCAAAGCUUCAUUGCUUUUAAGGGCGGUCUUAGCACUGGAUACAAGAAUUAUAUUGCGGAGAAGGAACUCCCAGAUGACACAUACAAGGAGAACGGUAUUGCAUUAUUUCGAGUUCAGGGUUCUGGACCAGAUAAUAUGCAGGCAAUACAAGUUGAACCAGUUGCAUCAUCUCUGAAUUCCUCUUACUGUUACAUAUUGCACAAUGACUCCUUCAUUUUUACAUGGUCUGGAAACCUUACAACCUCAGAUGACCAGGAACUUGUGGAAAGGCAGUUGGAUCUGAUAAAGCCAAAUGUACAGUCCAAGCCACAAAAGGAAGGUUCAGAAUCUGAGCAAUUUUGGGAUCUUUUAGGAGGGAAAACUGAAUAUCCCAGCCAAAAAAUUGGAAGGGAAGCUGAAAGGGAUCCUCACCUUUUCUCUUCCACAUUCUCAAAGGGAAAUCUGAAGGUGGCUGAGAUAUACAACUUUACCCAGGAUGAUUUAAUGACUGAAGACAUAUUCAUCUUUGAUUGUCACUCUGAGAUCUUUGUCUGGGUGGGGCAACAGGUUGACACCAAGAGCAAAAUGAAUGCUUUAACUAUUGGAGAGAAAUUUCUUGAAAAUGAUUUUCUGUUGGAAAAGUUAUCUUGUGAAGCUCCGAUAUAUAUUGUUAUGGAAGGGAGUGAGCCACCUUUCUUCACACGUUUCUUUGAAUGGGACUCUGCAAAAUCUGCUAUGCAUGGAAACUCAUUCCAAAGAAAACUUGCAAUUGUCAAAAAUGGGGGUACUCCUAUUGUUGAUGGGGAGUCACUUAAAUCUCGAGGGAGACUGAAUGGAUCAAAUUUGAGAAUCUAUACUCGGCGGAACAAGACAGAUAUAGCCAUCGAGCAGGAGACUGCUGAUCAACCGGAAUCUCUAGAUUCAAUUCCUGAACAUCCUGAGAAACCCAAACGAAGAACACCUGUAUCCCAUGGAGGAAGAUCUAGUGUGCCAGACAAAUCUCAGCGUUCCAGAAGCAUGUCUUUCAGCCCUGAUCGAGUUCGUGUGAGGGGCAGGUCACCAGCCUUCAAUGCGCUAGCUGCUAAUUUUGAGAACCCUAAUGGCAGGAACCUUUCAACCCCGCCACCAGUUGUUAGAAAGGUUUAUCCAAAAUCUGUGAGCCCAGAUUCAGCAACAGUGGCUUCCAAAUCUGCAGCCAUAGCAGCACUUACUGCAACUUUUGAACAACCGCCACCAGCACGACAAGUUAUAAUGCCCCGAUCCGUAAAAGUGAGCCCUGAGGCAGCAAAAUCAAUGCCAAAAUCGGCAGCAAAAUCAACUCCAAAAUCAACUCCUGAAAAAUCAACACCUGAUUUAAACAAUAAAGGGAACUCUAUGAGCAACAGAAUAGAAUCCCUCACCAUAAAGGAGGAUGUGAAGGAGGGUGAAGCUGAAGAUGAGGAAGGGCUCCCAAUAUAUCCAUAUGAAUGCCUUAAAAUUAACUCGACAGAUCCUGUUACUGAAAUUGAUGUGACAAAGCGAGAGACUUACCUCUCAUCAGCAGAGUUUAGGGAGAAAUUUGGGAUGGCAAAGGAUGCCUUCUAUAAGAUGCCAAAAUGGAAACAGAACAAGCUUAAAAUGGCCCUUCAUUUGUUCUGAGUCUCCAUACCUCUGCCUUUCCUCCAGCUCCUGCAGCCUCAGCUGCAGGUGGAAGAAAUCUUAUUUGUGAAUCUGUACAAAUUCUUCCCCUAGAAAGAACCAUUUUUAGCAUUUUUAAUUGCUAUCUAGUAUUCUAAAUGCUCCACUCUAUUUCUUCCUACAGUGGGGGGGAUCUCAGUUUCUCAAAAGUAAAAGGGACAGCAUCAGUGCAUUUUUAGCUGCUUCUGCUCCCAGGAAGCUUGUUUUCUUGAUUGAUGGACAAAACCAGAGGUUUUUUCCAAUUUUCUUUUUCAUCUCUUGGUUUGAACAUGUAUCCCCUUAUUUGUGGUUGAGGUAGUUUUUUUUUAGUAUUCUUUAUGGUCACAGGUUUGUUGUGAGCUUGCAUUUUUGUUUUUCAUUAUUCAAUUGAAAAUUUGAUUGCUGUAGUGAUUAGUUGAUUGCGAAUGCAGACAGUUUAGAAUGUAUUGUACAACUGAGGAUGGAAGUGUGUACAGCAGAGUUUUAAAACCAGUCCACUCAUCACUUAAUUUGUUUUUAAUAAAAGUGUGCUUUUAUUAUAUUA